GUUAAACAAAAUCAGGCGAUCAGUAUGUAUUAGCGACGAUUUUGUCGCUAUAAACAAAACAUGAAUUAAACAGGUUUAAUUCACGGUAAAAGGGGAUUGUAGGCCGAAUGAUAUCAUACUGGAUAUGUUAGGCAAGUGAUUGUUAUAGGAAAUCAUUCAAGGUAAGGUAAAAUACCAUUUUUACGAAAAGACAAAAUGUCAGAAACUUAUACAAUAACAAGCACGUCAUGUGGUUUGGUUUCACAACAAUAAUCGAACCACGUACGGACAUAUUGUUUGCGAUAAAUGUCAUGGCGAUGUUCUCAAAGAGUGAAUUUCAAAACUGGGUCAAAGCUUGUUUGGCUAUUAAAUGUGUAAAAGAUGGAAUGAUUCCAUUAGUUGAACAUUACUGCAUAAAACAGAGUACUGACAACAUUGAACACGUUUUAAAAACGUGUAAUAUUUCAAGAUACACGUGCAAGCAAUGUGACAUCAAAACCCUAAAACCAUUUCACAAAAGAGGACAAUGUACGUACAGAAGGUGCGACUGUAAAAAAAAUGUGAGACAAACAUGCCCCGAAAACGAGGCUUGCGGUGUGAUUUAUGACCAAAUAAAAGCAAUACAUGCUUUUAAUGAUCCAAACUGGCUCAACACUGACAGUACAAUGUGGUCAACUUGUCCAUGGGAACAGAUGAAAUGUUAUAUCGCCACACCGGGUUACAAGGAGACAAAGACUAUUUGCGAUGCAGACAUCACUGCUCUUGUUCAAAUAUCUUCGAAUAACAGAGAAAUUAAUGCAUUGAUUGGCACCAGCAGUGGGUAUCUAGAUGAGAUUCGCAAGACAAGAAAUGAAAUAUAUCAUUCCAGUUUGAUGACGGUUUCAAACGAUGAAUUAAAAGAUAUUGUAUUUCAUGCGGAGAUAUGCCUUAAGGAAGUUUCUACCAAAUUUUCAGAUUGUCGCCAAGAAAUUGACCAUCAACUAAGCGUGCUUAAACGGAUAUCAAUUGAGAAAUUCAGUGUUACAAAACAACACGAAUCAGAUGCUAUUGACGAUGCAAAAAUUGGAAUAAAAGAUUCUCUAUUAGCACUGAAGUCUGAAUAAGAUACCUUAUCUACAGCUCAUGUCAAUCGGACUGGAAUAAGUGAUUCCAGACUCUCAGACAUAGAAGAGCAAUGUAGCAUGUCAAAUCAGUUGAUUACUGAACAUACUGCCAAAAUUCAAGGAUUAGCAGAUCGUUCGAAUACGUACCAACUUUUAUUACACCGCUAUGAACAGAAGGACAAGGAAAACGAGGAAAAGUUGUCAGCUACCAUAAAAAGGAUGAUUAUUGUUUUGGACGAAGUGAAAGCACUUCACGUAAAGGUGGACUCGCUGCAAGCUCGUACGAGCAAAGAAGAGGUCUCGCCAAUGGCAGCCAUAACGUUACCUCGAACGUUAGAAUCCAGGCUAACCAUCCAUGUAGAAAACGUGGAGUCAGAGGAAGAAGUUUCACGACGUUUGGAUAGUUCAGCUGCAGAGAUUAUCAAUAACGAGCGCCCACGAACAAGGAAUAUUGUCCUCAGAAACUAUUUAAGUUCUGCUUUCCAGGAUAUUCAGAAAGACGGUAAUAAAGUUAUCAACCACAAAAACAAAUGCCUGCAGCUCCACAUCGAAUCACAAUCAAUACGCAGCUGGAUUAAAUUGUGUGAAGACUUCUUCAGUGGUUCUCUUGCCAGAGCCUUCCAACCGGUCCAAAGGUAUUUGAAGACAUACGAAGGGUGGGAAAAUCUAACUUUCAAAUUUGAAUUAGAUGAAGAACACUUCAUGCAUUGUGCUAAGUCAUUAGUCGACUACUUGAAAUCAAUACUGAAUGCAAUGGAAAAUGAUGUGUCUGCAGCAGACAGCUUCGUCAUGGCUGCGUGUGAAAUACCAAGCAUUGAGAAAGGUGCGGACGAGGACGAUGCAAGAAACUGUUUUGCGUGUUUGAAGAGCAAACUGAAUGCAGAAGCAGGACACUUCUGCAAGGACUGUAACCAGUUAUAUUGCACCAGCUGCGUGAGUAAACACGACGACUUUUUUCAAAGGCAUAAAAUAUUAUGGAAAUUCGACAAAGACAAAAGAAAUGUGGCGAGUGCUCCAAUAAGUGACCAUAAUUUAGAGAUAUAUCAUCGUACAACCAAGUCGAGAUCAGAGGUAAGCUUAGAGGCAUUCAAACAAGAGUGUGCUAGCGGCGAGAGUUUUGAGCUUGGAAAAUGUGACGUACACAAGUCACAGGAUGUGAUGUCUUUCUGUGCAGAAGAUGGUCUUCUUUGCUGCAACAUUUGCAAUUCAACAAUACACAGAGAUUGCAAAGACAUCGAAGAACUGCCUAAAGUAGCAAAAGGAGUGCAUACGCUUGCAGAGUUCUCUACCCUGCCAUCCAGAUUGCAAGAGUCGUUGUCAUUUCUUGAUCGAGAAAUGUUUGAACUGUCUGAAAAGGAGAAACUCAUAGAAGACAACGCGGACGCGGUUAAGACAAAUAUACAGUAUUGCAGGGAUGAAAUUGUUGGUAUAGUGUACAAACUGCAGCAGCAAUUAUUUGAAGCUGUCGAAUUGUUAAAAUCUUCCAUCACAAACGACAUCGCAUCUCCUAAGACGCAAUGCGUACAUUAUUAUAACCAGUUGAAAUCACUUUACAGUGUCGUAGAAACUGACGCAGUCGAUGAAACAACAGCGUUUAUUGGACUUACGAAGGGCAGAGCGUUAUUAUUGCGUAUUCGGAUGUUAUUGAAAGAUAUAGACGGAAGAUAUCGACGCUGUAUUGUUUUUCAGCAUGAUACAGACCUCCACAAGAUGUUGUCGAAAAUGCAAAACUUUGGAGCAGUCAAAAGCGUUGAACAUAUAUUCGCAGUAACGGAGAAAUCAACGGUUCAAAUGCCAAUUGAUAUACGUAACUGCGAUAUCACAGCAAUUUUUGAGCUGCCAUGUGGAGACAUUGUUCUGGCCGAUGCUGCUAAUAGCAAUUUAAAGCUUCUCAACAAAUCAUUCCAUAAUUUGGCUGUCUGCACGCUACCAGAUAUACCGUUAGACAUGUGCGCGAUUGGAGACGCCGAGAUUGCAGUGGUCACUGCCGGGAAAGUCUAUUUCUACUUUCUCAAAGAUGGAAGCCUGAGGUCAGAAAAGUCGAUCAAGGUUCGCAAACAGUCAUCUGGCAUAUCAUAUUUCGCCGGUCAUCUGUAUGUGGCAACAAUAUCGACCCUUAUCAAGUACUCCAUUGAUGGGAAACAGGCCAAGCUGCUAUAUAAAGACACGGAAGCGGGUGGAAAAGUUACAAUUUCCCGAUGUGCAAUCAGCCGUGAAGGUCAAUUCAUCUACGUGACUGGACCCGACUGUGCAGGAUUGCUUGUACUGGACAUCGUUGGAAACAAACUCACAUUCGUGAAAAACCAUGACAUGGUAUCCCCGCGCGGAUUGCACGUUGCACCAGGUGGUCAGGUGUUUUUAUGCGGGACAGGUUCCAACAUGGUCCUGCAACUCGACAGGGAACAGAAUCGACUGGUAAAAGUGGCAGAUGGAAACAAUGGGCUUUGGUCGCCUCAGUGUGUAGUGCUGUUAAAUGGGAAAUCGCUUCUGAUAAUUGGACAAGAAGCAACAAAUAGCAUCUUAGUCUUACGUGUUUCCUGAAGUCAACAUUCAGAUAACUAGGUGGGUAUGGAACAUAACGUGACAACGAUUGAUGCAUCAUUUCGAUUUAAUAUUAACGUUUUUAAUUCUUUAUUACACGAUAUUAGAUUUAGUAAAUUUCCCUUUUCAUUUUAAAGUGAUUGCUUGUUUCACCUGAAUAGGAAUGCCAUUAUACUUCUUGCAAACAAAUCGAUGGCGAGUUUUGUAAUUCCUCUAUUUUUAACCCAAAUGACCAGCCAUAAUACUAUUUUUUGACGCGAUUCGUAGUAUAGCGUGUUAUGUUUUUUUCUUACAAGUUAUAGCAAAUUUACAGUAGACAUGUAAGCGAUUUGGUUUGGUCCGUUUUUGCACGAGGAAAUCGUGAUAAAGUUUUAGGUUGUGUUUAGUCAUUCUACCAGACGCUCUCACUUCGUAAUCAUCGACUUUGACAUUAAUAAUUAUUUUGUAUGUAUGUUUUUAACAAAAGAAUAAAUGUAUGCUAUUGUUUAAACAUUCACAAAAUGUACGUUACGGACGAGAUAAAUUCUUUAUUGAAUGAGGCCCAACAUUCAGUUUGUGAUCUGAUACCUUAAAUUGGGCACAAGUUUAUAGCCUUCGCCGUCACUGAUUUUUCUUGGUCGGUCAAUUCACAUUAAGAAUUGUGUAUCCACGUUUUCAAUUAUGUAUUUUGCCUACGAUUGCCACAUUUUUGUUUUCUCGCAUUUUGGUCGUGGCUGCAAUAUGCAAAUAUAAAGCAAUUGUAUGGCAUUGUAAAGGCAUGACUGUUGAUUUGUAUUUUAUAGGUAUUUCGCACAGACAAUUUGAGAACAAGCUCGAACAUGCAUUAUUUUGACACAUAUCUGAUUGCCUCUAUGUCUUAUUCACUUCAGGUUUAUUCAAAUGCCACUUUUUGUUAGUGUGUGUAUGUUGUAUGAGGUUUGUGAAAUAUGUUUUAUGCCCCCGGUAGGGUGGCAUAUACCAGUUGAACUGUCCGUCCGUCAGUCAGUCAGUCAGUCAGUCAGUCAGUCAGUCAGUCAGUCAGUCAGUCUUUCCGUCCGUCCGAAAACUUUAACAUUGGCCAUAACGUUUGCAAUAUUGAAGAUAGCAACUUGAUAUUUGGCACACAUGUGAAUCUCAUGAAGCUGCACAUUUUGAGUGGUUAAAGGUCAAGGUCAUACUUCAAGUUCAAAAGUUAAAAAAAUACAAUCCAAGGGAAGUAAUAAGCUUUAAAAGGGAGAUAAUGUCUAAACCUGGCAAAUGAUUUAUUGAAAAUUUAUUUAAACAUCGCAAUAGGUGACAUUGUGUUUCUGACGAACACAUCUCUUGUUAAUAAUAUUUUUAUCUCUAUUUGGUAAAAAUGUAGAAUUAAUAUACAGUAUUUAAUUAGAUGGUAUAUAUCGUACAUACACGGCUUCUGUUGCGUUUUUGUGUGUGUUGCGUUCAUUGUGAAUAUUAAACGAUGUGAUGCUUUGUCUAAUUAGCAUGUUUGGUAUAUAUAUCAAAAUGGAGAUUUGAAUAUACCUUAUUUCUCGUUUCUUUUAUCUUUCAAGUUACAGGUUUGGUGUUGUGGUUUGUAUGCAACCAUUGAAUAGUUAAAUUAUUAAAAAAAUAACUGUAUUCUUUGUUAUGCCCCCGGUAGGGUUGCAAAUAGCAGUUGAACUGUCCGUCAGUCCGUCCGUCCGUUAGUCAGUCCGUCCGUCCGUCCGAAAACUUUAACAUUGCCCAUAACAUUUGCAAUAUUGAAUAUAGCAACUUGAUAUAUUGCAUGCAUGUGUUUCUCAUGGAGCUUCACAUUUUGAGUGGUGAAAGGUCAAGGUAAAUGUCAUCCUUCAAGGCCAAAGGUCAAAUAUAUUGCUUCAAAGCGGCGCAGUAGGGGGUAUUGCGUUUAUGACAAACAAAUCUAUUGUUUCUAUUCAUUUGAAAUCAUUCGAUUCACUGACAUGUUUGUAUAAUAAUUCUAGGCCAAGUGUGAGGUUUUGAGAUUGUUAAAACCGCUCUAACCCACCGAACUUUGAAAAGAGCGUUCAAAGGCAAUAACUCAAUUUAUCUUCGUUGUUUUGUUAUGUUGCGUACUUUAGUGUCUCAUCUAGUUCGCCUGGUUAAUGUCUCACAUUUUCACAACUUCUUUUGUCACACAAAAACCCAUAUAAUAAUAAGGUUCCUCUCUUGUUUGUGUAGAUAAAGGUUCACUGUGUGUUUAUUUAGGAAAUUUAUCACUUUAAUUUUUUGAAGAACAUCAUACUUCAAAUAUGUCCAUAUAUAUAUUGCAACAAUACAUAUUUUACCAUUUUAUUACCCGCCGGAUAUUGACAUAACAUCAGCUGUACAAACAUUACACUGACAUCUAUAAAAUGAUCGUUACUGUUAUUUGUGUUGUUUAUGCAAUAUUCAAUGGUUUACAUAUUAACAUAAUUGUCAAAGAUAAUACAUAUUAUAUCCUCUGUAUUAAGUACAUUUCUAUUUUACAGUCAAAUGCAUGAAAAAGUGGUGGUCAGUUAUUACUUCAUGUAUUGUUUGUACUUAACUUUUGUGCUUUGUGUUGGUUGUUUCUACUGAAACAUUGUUCUUGGUAUGUAUGAUUUUAAGAGAAAUAUUGUGUUUGGCAAUCAACAUUAGUACUGGAAAAGUUUGCUUGUUAAUACUUAUUUGAAUUAAAAUAAUGUGUCCGGUAUUUAGUAUAAGUACCGAAAGACCUUUUUGGUAAUCAAUAUUUGUACUGAAUUUUUUUUAUAUUUCUAUUUUGGUUUAAAAUCUUAUUUGUGAUUGUAUGCCUUGUAUUGUUAUUAACAUAACAUAACAUAACCUACGGUGUAGUGUAAUGCAAUACAAUUGUUCAAUAAUCAUCCAAUGGUUGUAACAAAGAUAUGUUAAUUAACAUAUAAAGUAUAAACGAGCAGAACAUGUAACAGAAAGAUAAAAAUACAAUUUAUAUAAUAUAUCAUAACUUUGAAAAGUAUG